AGGGCCAGCUUUAAGUCAGAGAGGGAGACAGAAAAAAAAAACUACAUCAGCUCUGUUCAUUGACGCACAUUUGCACUGACAGGAAGAAACCAGACUGCACGCAUGGCAGGAGGAAGUGUCGCUGCAUCCGACAGCAGCAUCAUCAUCAUCAGCAGCAGCAGCUCACCCCUUCUUCCUGAGGCUCCACGUACAGCUCGUCUCCGAUCCUGGACAGAGAGUGGACGGCUUUGCCCAGCACUGGACGUGCGUACGAUGCGAGGAACGCUGCCAUGAACUCACUCUCCUCCCGUCAGAGGUGAUACCAGCGGCUGCUGUGAAGAGGUGUGUGAACGCGACGAGCUGCUGUGCCCAAACCGUGGACACUUGAGAGAAAGGGAGAGACUUCCACUGGAAGCACGAGGAGCUUUUUUUUCCCGCGAGAGAAGGACUUAUUUACGUUUGCAGAGUUCGAGGAGCGUUGAACGAGUGGAUGUAAAAUGGCAGCGAGGCCUAUUUGAGAAGCAGCAGCGAGAAGAGAAGCGGUGAAAUGUGGGCCCUUUGGUUUUCUUUUGUGGUGAAGAACUGUUCGCGCGAUGGAAAGAGAUCAAAAAAGCUCGGCAAGAGCAAGCCAGCCCUCGCAGGAGUCUUUUAAAACCAACUCUGGACUAAAGGAGUGAUUCGGUCCACAGGUACAUUUUUCUCUCUUGGUAUCCAGCCACGACCAAACAGGGCAGUGGAGUGAAGCCGUCCCUGUUUAGCUGGAUGUGCUGCAUUGUUCGCAUGUGUUUCAGUGAAACCAGGAUUUAACGCACAGACGUUUUGCUCCUAGAUGUCUCAGUCAUCUAAUCCAGCAGACACUCAGGCCUUGCUGCAGUCCAUGCUGCAGAGACUGAAGCUUCAGCCGGGAAGAGAGGGCCAGACGCACUUUCAGACGCCUGUAUCCCCAUCUGCAGCUCCGGCUCUGUGGCCCAACGGUGAGACGGGAGCACCCGGCCUCCAGGAAGUUACCAGCAGUCCUGUGAAUGUGUUUAAUUUCAACGGGAGCCCUUCUACAGGGAUCACAGUCCCAGCCGGCUUCAAAAGUGAGGAAAAACAGCCAACAAGUCCUGCUUUUGAAGGGAGCAGGAGUCCAACUUCCUUCCCUUUGCAGAAAGUUGGCACCGAUGGAGACACGGGCGAGAAGAGGGAGCUGGACCAGGCUCCUCAUCCUAGGUUCUCCCCAACGAGUACAAGGCCGCUUUUUCCUACUAAGCCACAGAAAGAGGUUAAACUCACCUUCUUCAAGAAGACCAACGUGGAGAGGGAGCCCAUCGGCAACUCCAUGAUGACAGGACAGAUCCCUGCCAGUGCUGACUCUGUUCAGGAGCUGGCUCAACGCCAGAACCACGUCCCGGUGUGGUCCGUGACCAGCGCCGGUCCUGGCCUGGCUGGUGGAGGACAUGCAGGAUUCCACGUGGGGAACGGCGGAACCGGCAGCUUGGAGCAAAAUAAGGACGUCCAGGUCUUUUCGAGCAGCCAAAUAACGACAAGCAAAACCAGAAAGCGGUCAACCGAGAGCAAAACGAGAAGAUGGACGCAGAAGAUCAAGGAGAGAUUCAAGGACAGACACGGCAACGUUGGGAAAAAGGGCAAAGAAGAGGGGAUUCCUGAACAAGAAACGCAAGUAAUAAGAGCAGAAACACCGGGCAACAGAACAAAUAAUGAUGAAGACUGCAGUCGCAAAUUACAUCCUGCACAAACAGAGGACAACACUAUGAGCAACAACAGGCGUAGCAGUGACCUUGACAUCGGCCUGGGGUCAUUCAGCCUCCUGGAGGAGAUCGUCCAGGGUCAGGAGUGGGCUAAGUUCAUAAACCCAAACUUUUCCACGACCUCCGGAACCGAGAGACCGUCACAGGAUCCGUCGAGCCAACCCCACGCGCAGCCAAAUCCUCACAGUCUCAAUCUGUCACCGGGGAGUUUGAAUCCGGCAGGAACUGGGAGCAACCAGUGGAGCUUCAGGAGCACAGAGUCCUCGCCUGCCCCGGCCUUCAGCAUGCCACCGCCGGCCCCUGUUUUCCCACCUGCACCCACGGACACUUCAGCGUUAAAGCAGCAGGCCGACCAGCCCGAGCCAAUGGAAGACGGACAAAACCGAUCGGAAAUGCUGUCCAGACUUCAGCUCAAGCUGUCAGCAUUUGCCGAGACGUCGGGCAACCCUUACCACUCAAUAGUGAGGAACAGACUCCAGAUGAGCAGAAAGAGGCAACAUCAGCCGGCCGAGAGGAGAGAGGAGAGGCUCCAGACCCAGAGAGCGAGUGAUGGAGAAAAGACUGACAAAGGGCCGUUAUGUUCACCAUCCUCCGCCAGCAUCCAAAUGAUGGAAGAAUCAGUGGAGCCGCAGCAGGAAAGCGUCUCCCCUCCACACGAGCCGAGGCCUCAUCCCAUCCCUCUGUCUCCAACGUCAUUUAAUCCUGCUGCUCUCCCACCUCGGAGUGUCCUCAGACAAAAGGCGCCCCAUGACUCCGAAUCCUCCAUAGAAACGCUGACAAAACGGAGACGGGUCGAGGAGAAGCGGCAAGUUCAUUUCUGCGAGCAGGUGACCACCAUCGAAUCCGCGGACAUGGAUUUUACGGACUCGGAGGAGGAUUCGGGAGCGGACGAGGACUCCUCAUUCGAGCCGGACUUUGAGGCGGUGCAGGCGGAAAUGGAUGAGGCGUUGCCGGCCCGCCGUUCCAAUCUCCCUGCAUGGAUACAGGCCCUGAAGAAGAUGAACGCUGGGAAAAAGCACAGAUAGCGACCGCAGAACAGGAAUAAUACACACCCGGUCUACUAGGUUAGCAAUGUUUUAAAAAAAAAAUAGAUUUUUACAAACUUUA